GUCUCUACGCUAGCAGACACAGAGCCGCUGCGUUAUAUCAUUGGAAAAAUUGAGAGGGCCGGGAAAAGCUUCUAGAAAUCUGACCUGAAUUCUACCAGAGGCAGAACAGGAAUAUUUUUCUUGGAAUUUCAAGUCAGGAGGCAGUCAUCAACCCACAAACUCACCUCUGACCGCAUUCUUCCCCCCUCCCCCCGAUUCCGCUUCCCGAUCGUGCAAACGACACGACACCUCACCUUCUCGACAAUCCAUUCAUCUGCUGCCCUGCUGCAGUCCAUCACAAUGUCGAACCUCAACUCGUGGGAAGACGACCCAUCCGCCCAGGACGACAACCUGUCGCGCCAGGCCCAGCAGCAGCUCAACCUCAACCAGCAGAACCCUCAAGCCGGUGCCUUCCGUCCAGGCGGCUCUUCCUUCACCCCUGGAGCCUCCUCUUUCACCCCCGGAGCCCAGGCUUUCCAGCCUAACCAGCAAUACGGCGGCUACGCUCAGCAGUACCAGCAAUACUAUGGCCAAGGCUACGGUGGUCCCGGCGCUGCUGGUGGUGCAGGUGGCUUCCCCCAGUAUGGCGGCCAGCAAGGAUACAACCAAUAUGGUCAGGGCAACUAUGGCGGCGGUUACCCCCAGCAGGGCUACCAGCAGCAGCAGCAGCAAGCCUACGGUCAAGGCUACCCCCAAUAUGGCCAGCAACAGCAACAGCAGCCCCAGGCUGCGGCACCUACCAUCGCUAAGCGUCCGACUGACGCCCCGGCCUCUGGCUCCAACACGCCUGCUCCCGCAGCUGCGCCCCAGCCCGAAGUGAAGAGUGAAGGAGGUGCCAAGGUCUUGAGCAUCGGCGGUGACGCACCCAAGCCCAAGGCCAAGGUUCUCUCCAUCGGCGGCACUGAGGCUCCCAAGGAGGCCUCAUCUGCGGCCGCAGUCGAGGCCGGAGCCAAGGCAACCGCUUCCAAGGCGAUCGAGAAGACGGGUGCUUCCACCACUAAGUCUGGCAAGACCUCUCCUGCUCCUUCCUCAGGCCGUUCCAGCCCCUCUGGACCGGAGAAGAAGGUCGUGAGAGAUGUCGACGCCGUCCAGAAGGAUCAGACGGCCGAUGUCGACGAGGCGACUCUGAAGGAGAUUUACGGAAAGGAGCACGUCAACAUCAUCUUCAUCGGUCACGUCGAUGCUGGAAAGUCUACCUUGGGUGGCUCUAUCCUCUACAACACUGGUAUGGUUGAUGAGCGGACAAUGGAGAAGUACAAGAAGGAGGCCAGGGAUAUCGGCAACCCGUCUUGGUACCUUUCAUGGGUCAUGGAUCUGAACAAGGAGGAGCGAUCACAGGGCAAGACCAUUGAGGUCGGAAGAGGUUACUUCGAGACGGACGUACGACGAUACAGCAUCCUCGACGCCCCCGGCCACAAGACGUACGUCCCCAACAUGAUUGGCGGUGCCUCGCAGGCGGAUGUCGGUAUUCUGGUCAUCUCAGCCCGUAGAGGAGAGUACGAGACCGGUUUCGAGCGUGGCGGCCAGACCCGUGAGCACGCUAUGCUUGCCAAGACCCAGGGCGUCAACAAGUUGAUCGUUGCUAUCAACAAGAUGGACGAUGCCACCGUUGAGUGGUCCCACGAGCGUUACCAGGAGUGCACGACCAAGCUGUCUCAGUUCUUGAAGGGUACCGGCUACAACCUGAAGACGGACGUCCAUUUCAUUCCCGUCGCCGCCCAGCAAUCCAUCAACAUCAAGGAGAGAAUCGCCAAAGGCAUCGCUGACUGGUACGACGGUCCUUCAUUGCUCGAGUACCUCGACGGCAUGAAGGCUCUAGAGCGCAAGGUCAACGCCCCCUUCAUGAUGGCCGUUGCCGGCAAGUACCGUGAUCUUGGAACCAUGAUUGAGGGCAAGAUCGAGGCUGGUGUCAUCAAGAAGGGCAUGUCGCUCGUCAUGAUGCCCAACAAGCAGAACAUCGAUGUGUCUGCUGUGUACGGCGAGACCGAGGAGGAAGUGCAGGUUGCGCAGUGCGGUGACCAGGUCCGCAUCCGCCUCAGGGGCAUUGAGGAAGAAGACAUCAUGCCAGGAUUCGUCCUGUGCUCGCCCAAGCGCUUGGUGCACAACGUCCAGACGUUCGAGGCUCAGAUCCGCAUUCUGGAGCUCAAGAGCAUUUUGUCGGCAGGCUUCAACUGUGUGCUGCACGUCCACGCCGCCAUUGAAGAGGUGACUUUCGCCGCGCUGCUGCACAAGCUCCAAAAGGGCACCGGCCGCAAGAGCAAGCUGCCUCCUUCGCACGCGAAGAAGGGCGACAGCAUCAUCGCUCGUCUGCAAGUCAUUGGCGGUGCCGGAUCCGUGUGCAUUGAGAAGUUCGAGGACUACCCGCAGAUGGGUCGCUUCACCCUCAGAGACCAGGGACAAACCAUUGCCAUUGGCAAGAUUACGAAGCUGAUUACGGAUGAGACAUCCUAAGUUGAUACCAGAUGACACGAAACCCACGGCUGACUUCAGGCGGAGGAAGGGAGCUGAGCGCUUCCUUGGAUAUGGCAGGCGUAAGGAACGUUCGCAGGAACAUGAUGAACUUGUUCCUGGGCCAAGACCAAUAUGCAUAGAGAGCAGCGCGGAAAUGUGGUAAAAGGAGAAUAACGCGACGUCAUGGGAAAAGGGGGCGGCCAAUGCCGUUGACACGAACCGGGCCGCGAAAGGCUCGGGCAUGAUAGACCCCGUACGUGGCAUUCUCGGAACAAAGAGGAUUAGGGAGGGUAAGGGACGGGGGGAGAACGGUUCUAAAACUCAAAAUCAAUCUCAAACCUUGUCAAACAAGCGCAUGAUGAUG